GUUUUUAGUGCCCUGGCAACAGGCAAACAAACACUCAAGCAAACCUUUUUACUUGUAUCAAAUAAAUAAAUACACUAAUAAGCUAACGUUUUGUAAACUGUAAGCUAGAUAUAAUGGACACCUCGCAGCUGGAAUCUGAUCUACUGGGCGAAGAGGAGGAGCUGGGAGAUGAGCACGACGUAUCCUUCCCCCGCGAUAUAAUCAGCGUAGAACAUUCCUUCGGCUACGACUGCAAGAAGCUCUUCAACAUGGUACUGGUGAACGCGGAUACGCUGGUCUUUGCCUCGGGAAACUUCCUCAACUACUUCAGCAUUUCUCGUCAGGAGAUUUCCUUCCAGGAAACGGUCUAUGGCUGUGGUGUAGGGUUUAUCACGAAAAACGAACACCCGGACUACACUGGCCUCUUUACGGUGGGCGAGAACGGACCUUGUCCCACGGUUUUCAUCUACGAGUAUCCCUCGUGUGAGGUCCGUGUGAAGCUUUUGAAUGCAGCCAAGGCCUGUUUUACGGCGGGGUCUUAUAACAAGACUGGGGAGUUGUUCGCCUCGCAGGCUGGCUAUCCGGAUUUCAUAAUAACCAUCUGGCGCUGGGAGAAGGCAGAGGUCGUCCUUCGCGCCAAGUCCUUCCAGAGCGACAUCCUGUUCGUCCAUUUCUCGGAACACAACCCCAUCCUGCUAUGCUCUUCGGGCCUGAGCCACAUCAAGUUCUGGAAGAUGGCCAAUACCUUUACGGGCUUGAAGUUAAAGGGAGAUCUGGGACGCUUCGGCAAGACUGACUUCAGUGAUAUCUAUGCCAUGUACAUGCUGGCGGAUGAGAAUGUGAUCUCUGGCAGCGAUUGGGGCAACAUGCUGCUCUGGCAGGCGGGACUGAUUAAGUUUGAGAUCUGCCGGAAGGGUCGCAAGCCCUGCCAUACGAAACCCAUAACCAGGAUCACCAUGAAGAACGGUGAGGUGACCACGGUUGGCAUGGAUGGCUAUGUGCGCGUUUGGUAUUGGGAAACGGUGGAUUUGGCCGAUCCCCCCGAGGAUGAUUUGUUUGUGGAGAUCGAUCCGAUCUACGAGUUUAAGAUUGCCGACGUGGAGCUGCGUUGCAUGCAGAAGAUCAAUCCAUUUGACGAGUCAGACUUUACCCACUACGCCCAGGAUGGAAAUGGUGGGAUUUGGUUUUGCGACAUCAACACCUACGAUGUCCCACAGAAACCGAGGAAGCUUUAUUCCUGUAUUGGCGGCAAGGUACUCACCUCCCAGAUGUCCCCGGUGUCGCCGCACUUUCUUUGCAUGUCUGAGAGCGGUAAGCUGUUUGUCUAUCAAUACGAGGAGCAGCGCCUUAUCCUGGAGAAGCAGUUCCCGGCGGACGGGGUCGAUGUAAUCUGGCUAGAUACCCAGAUCUCGGUGAAGGGGACCGAAAUAGUGGCUGUCUUCAAGGACGGUAUCCUGCGGCAGAUGUAUCUGGACCUCAGCAAUCCGGAAAGGCCAACCAUGACGCGUGUGAGAUCCAUUAAGGCGCACACAUCUCCCAUCACCAGACUCACCGUCAACCGAGACAGCACGCUGCUCCUUACCGGCAGCGCCGACAAGAGCAUUUUCAUCUACAAAUUGAGCCGGGAUGCGAAUCAGCUUGUGGACUUGCAUCCCCUGGGAUUCGUGCAGUUUGCAGCGAUCCCCAACUGCUUCUACUGGCACGAUACCGAGCCUACUGUGGUCCUGGUGGGAUGCAAGAGUGGCGAGUUGUACGAAUAUAAUAUACGCACUGAGGUUACCGCAGAAGAGACCUACCUGUCCUACAACAUAACCGAGAAGUCGCGCAUGCGCAGUACGAAAUUCGUUUCCAUCAAAAGCCGUAUCCGUCGGGAAAUCCAUCGGGAGAACGUGAAGAAGCGCAAGGAACGUAAGCGGGAGCGCAAGAUGAACGAGGUCGAGAAGCUGAAGAAGGCCAAUCCCGGCCUGCAGAUCGAUAUGGAGUCAGCACUAGCCGAUUCCGAACCGGAUGAGGAGGAGGAGCCGCUUCACAUACCGGCCGUGCCCAACCCUAUUAUCUGGCUGCGCUACACAGUAAGGGAUACCAUUUGGGUGUCCAUGGCGGGCUAUGAUGCUGGGUACAUCUAUGAGCUGGAAUUUAAUGCGCCGGAGCCCACUCGGGCCACCAUCAUAGCGGAGGGGGAUGAUAUCGAGAUACACUCUUACUGCAUUAUCGAUGACUUCAUCAUUUUUGGCCUCGUCAACGGACGCCUUCGAAUAAAUCGCAUCAACCCGGACAACUUUACAGACCUCUCCGAGUACCGCGUAUAUCCGUUGCAUGAUGCCCUGAAGGGCGUCAUUCCCAAAAUCGAUACUAGUUACAAUGGUGAGCACAUUCUCACUGUUGGCUACGAUGGCAACAUGUUCCUUCACAAGUGGAGAGGCCCGAAAAUAACUAAGGACAAGCGUCGGGAUAAACUGCCGCCCCUGCCGGAGGGAGUUAGUCAUGUUCAGGACAUCGAAGAUGAGGCACCAUCCCUGGAGCAGGAGAAGAUCAACGCGGAGCUGCGGCGCCAGCAGGAGGCGGCUGAGGCGCAUGACCGCGAUGUCCUGAAUAAAAUUGGACAGCUGCAAAACGUGUACUUCGACAUUAUCAAGCACAACGAGGAGCUGCCUACGGGUCUGCGAGCCAAGGACACGGAUUUGCUGCUGGACGAACGUAUUACACGACAGAUCAGGGAUGAACUGCAGGCAGAGUUGGAUGAUGUUCGGGAGGAUCUGGCUUACGACCUGGAAUUCGCCCAGGUGGGACACUCAAAGUUGUACAAUCAUUUCCUCAAGGAGCUGGUUCAAAUCCCCUUUACCGUCAAUCCCUUGCGUGCCAAGGUUCCGGGCGUGUCCACAUUUCGUCUCCAGGCUCUGGGAGAGGAGCAUGAGCAGAUUAAGAGGGACAUAGAAGAGCGUUUGAAACAGGAACACGAUAUGGGCCUUUACAGAGAGGAUCGGGUUCCUGAACAGCCGGAAGUACUCCAUGACCUUGUGGUGGCCGAAAGAUCAGACGAAUCCAUUGGAGAACCCCCGCCGGAAUCAUUCUUCUUUGGCAGGGAUCCCAAGAGCAUCGAACCGCGCUUUAGCAGGAAGAUGAUGCGCCUCCUGGUUCGCUACCGAAAACGUCAGCUUUUCGAAGUGCGCCGCAUCUUUGACUGGGACAAGCUGGAGCGCCAGAAGCCAGACCCCAAUCGCAACCAUCCGGAUGACGAUGCUCAAAUCGAGGAGGCCAAGCGCAACCUGGGUGACUUCAAGCUCAAGAUCGGAGCAGACUAUGAGCCCAAGUCCACGGAGACGCUUACCCAGAAGUACAUAGAGGUCGUGGAGUGCCGCGAACAGUACUUUGGGAUGGUGGACGCGUUCAACCAGAUGGUGAUGGAUCUGCGCGAGCGCAAGGGUGAACUGGAACAGUUCAUCAAUGCAAAAAGGAAGCGUCUGGAAGUGAUCCAUAGCUACCUGCCCGAGUCAGAUCGCCGGCCCUUGGAACCGAUGCAGGAAACGGAUAUGGACCUGGAGUACCCAGAACUAAAUCUUAUCGAGCACUAUACGCCCGGCUGUGGUGGGGAGAUUGACGACAUCCUCACCCUGGAGCGCUCGGUGGACGAGGUGAUCGCCAUGCGUUCGCCAAUGAAGUCGAUGGCCAGUCUGAGCCUCUUCAGCAUGCACGGAUUGGAUGUGCCGGAAUUGCACGAAUACACCGCCUUCAAUAUGCUACAGAUCUCGAUGCUAGAGAAAAGUCUUCCCAAUGCCGAGCUGACCGAGGAGCUGCUGAAACUGCCGCCCAUCAGUGAUCCGGCCUACUUUGAGACAAAUGAGGAUGGCGAGGCACCCUACAUGAUGGAGACUCGCCAUCGAUGGCUUCGCCAGCUCCUUCUGGAGCAGGCUGAGAUUCAUACGGAAGUGGACGAAGAAGUGCGGCAAUUCGAUAAGGCUGUAGAAAAGCUCCAAGUGCGACGGUUCCACGUGAAGCUGGACGCCGAGUUCAUGAACGCCUACAUGAACAGUCUGAACCAGGAGCUGUAUAUCCUGCGCGACAGCGAGGAGAUAGAGACGCAACUGCUCCUGAACGCCAAGACGGCGAUGAGCACCCGGAACGAGCUGCAGGUGGUCAUCAAUACCACCAAUAGGCAGUUGGACGAGCUGAGGCGAAACAUAGACAAGCUGGGUGAGCAGAUCAUAGCAGUCCAGGUACUCUUCUCGACCACAGUCAAGGGUCAUAAGUUCUUCGACUUCCUGCGACGCAUCUUCAAGAAGAAGUGGCGUCCACCAAAGGUGGCCAGGGGAGAUGACGAGUCUUCUUCCUCAUCCUCCUCGUCUUCGUCCUCCAGCGAAGACCAACAGGCGGACAACAAAAGUCUCGACUCACUGGACAUGACCACCAUCCGACUGGACGAGGCCACGUGUCCCACCGGCCUGGAUCGAUCCCUCUACGACCUGGCUUUCGCCAUGCGCUCCGAUCGCCACGAGCUGGAGCGAAAUGUGCGUGAUCUUCAGCGGGAUGUGGAGAACAAGCGCAAGGAGAUCGCCGAGAUGCAGAUCAAAAUGAAGUAUCACGAGGAAGUGUACCAGCGCGAGAAGAAUGCCUUGUUGCAGUUUCGGCGUAAUCGCCAGCAGGAAGUCAACAAGGUCAACAUCAGCGCCAUCCUGCGUAUGGACCAACUGCAGCAUUUUUACGAGGGCGAUGACUACCGGGAUCUGUCCAAAGCCAUACUCUUUGACGCCGAUAUGCUGGUGGAUCUGCGCCGACGGGCGGAUCAACUAAGUGAGGAGACUUUGGCCACCAAGCGCUGGCAUCGCAUAAACUUCAUCCACUUGAGGCGCAUGAACACAGACAUUAAGUUCAUGCGAUUCGAGAUAACGCGCCUGGAGGAGGAGAUCCGUCAGGCCAUGAUGAAGAAAUUCGGCAUCAUAGUCAAUCUGGAUGAGUUGGAGGAGGAGGUCCUGAGACGUUACAUCUUUGAGCUGGAAACCAACGCUGAGGAUGAGCUGAUGGCCCUCGAAAAGGAACUGUUGGAGAAGCAGAAAGAACUCUCCCGCUGCGAGGAGGAACUGGUUCUGGAGACCCAAAACAAUACCGAAAAGGUUAACAUAAUGACGGUGCUCCGUGAGGAGAACAACAUCCUCCGCUCUCUGUUGGACAUUCAGAACCGCAACUAUGCAAAGUGGAGCAAUCCGAAUGUACUGAAUUUGUCGUAUGACAUCGAGAAGUUAAGGGGCAUUGAGAAAUCCUUGAUGGAGCAGAUCGAAUGCCUGGAGCGGGAGAUCUGUGCGCUGAGGCUAAAGUCCAAGCCUCUCCAGAUUAAUUACGAGUUUGAGGUAGAUCCCAAUGCGCAGCCGCAGGUGACUAACGAAAUUCUUCCAAACGACGAUGUGAUGGUGUGCCCGGCCAUCCUCAAUGUGGAUGCCUAUAUGUUGCCGCCCAUGCCCGAUGAGUUCAUCAUGGAUCGCGUUCAGACGAUCGUUCAGAAGAGCUUCAAUCGCUUCUUUGGGAAGAGCACCACUCCGGAGAAUGUGCGCAAGUUUGCCCUACGAUCUUCACUCUAUUUGUGCCAGGCCGCCUACAGUUUCCAGGGCCGCUAUACGGAUCGCAUUGCUGAGUGCAUUACGGAGCACCUGCAGACUAUUGUGCCCAAGAAGUACUUCAUUCACAUCAGUGGCGAGGAGCUUCGCAAGCUCUUCAACGAGGUGGUGGCCGUCUUCGACUACGAACGCUCCGAUGUGAACACCGAGGAACUCAUUUCAGGGAUCUUCGACCAUGCCAAGGACUCGCUGUGUGCCCAUAUUCACCUGGGCGAUGCCGAUGUUGUUAACCGCACCCACUUCAUCGUGGCACACAUGUUCAAGGAGCUCAUCGAGGUUCUACCCUUGGAGGAGUUCCAAUCCGACGAGACUCUACGCAUGAUCGUGGACGUAUUGGAGCGUGAGCCGAUGGUGGAUCCUCGAGCCAUCGGCGUGGAGCAGCUCAUCGAGAGCACGCUGCAGCACGCCCACGAGAAUUUGCUCGACGGGAUUACGGCGGUUCCGGUUCGCAAGCUGGGCAGCUCCAUUCAGAGGGACCUGAUCAAGCGGCGCCAGUACAAGCAGCCCAGCUGCGAGUCCCCGAUGUCGGUGCGGAUCGCCACGAAAAAGCCGGGUCACAGCAGUGGGCUUCCCUUCUAGCGUAUUAGUUUUUUAUUGGAAUGUAUUCGGAAAAUUCAAAUACAUUUUUUAUAAGAGUA